CAUCUAUGGUCUGAAAAUUUAACAGUAUUUGUGACUUCAUCGUUAUACUAAAAAUUAAUCUCUGGUCGCACUCGCACCUUGUUUUCGGUUUACAUUUUGUGCCUAACUCCCCUUAGCAUCUCUACCUGCGACCGUCUUGGACAUUUACUAGGUGCAGGAGAAUCAUCAUCACACUACUUUCACUUGCGUGCUCAUGGCGAUUCAAAUACCCACUCUUGCAUGCUAUUUGCUGGUCACAUGGUUUCUCUAUAGGGUAUUUGUAUUCUGGCAUUCGCCAACGUCAACAGCAAGUGAUAAGAUUUCCGAGCCGCCUGUUUUCCGUUCUCGCAUCCCCUUUAUCGGGCAUCUUAUAGGCAUUGCAUCCAGGGGCUCUAGCUUGUAUAUAUCUUCACUAUGUGCGGCUCAGCGCACACCAAUAUCAACCCUUAAGCUUCCUGGACAGGACAUGCAUUUUAUUCACCCCCUUGAUGCACCAAGCAUCAAGCAGUUCACAGGCAUGCGUCACCUGAGCCUGAUGACCGUAUUUCGCGUUGCUGUUGGGCCAUGCAUGGGUCUUGUACCUGCUAGCGAGCAGUUCCUCUUGGAUCCCGAUUCAGGUGCUUUCAAGCGAGCUUUAUCCAAGCUGUUCAACGAGGAGCUCAGGAGCCUGCAGAAUCUUCGGAGAAAUGCUGCGCAGUUAGAGCUGAAAGCUGGGGGGCAUUGGGAUAAAACUAUCAAAGGCCGAGAUCCGGUCAGAGUUGGACUGGGAAGCUGGCUCUUUGACCUGCUUUCGUACUCUAUGGGCGCGGUGUUCUGGGGCGAAGAAGGACCUUUCGAAGAUGCACUUUUUCGGGAGCAUCUGAGAGUCUUCAUUCAGAACUUGGAGACUUUGCGAAAUCCCAUUUCAUUCCUCGUUCCAAGGGAGCUCUUCUCAGCACGGGAAUAUGUGCGCAAGAAGCUCGACAAGGCAGCGGAAGAUGAGGCCUACGGUGACGAGAUUCAGGAGCCUACCCUUUUCAAACGACUUUCUGUUCUCUAUGAGACGCUCGAGCUCCCGCAAGAGGGCUUCACUGAUUGCCAUCUCGUGGCUAUCGUGGGACUGAUGUCAAACGUCAUCAACAUCAUCACCUGGGCAAUCUGCCACAUCGUGGCUGAUUCGGAGCUGAUGGCGAGCCUUGUUUCCGAACUCAACGCUGCGGUCGACCAUCCCCAUCAUACCCAAGAUACGAAAAGUCUUGUCAUCGACAUGGAUAGAGUCCGAAGCUCAUGCCCACUGCUCCUAGGAACCUGGUACGAGCUUCUCCGCGUCUACGGAGAUUCUCCAGUGGCACGAUACGUGUAUGAAGACAGCAUCUUCGAGGCCAAAUACCAGAUCAAGAAGGGAUCCAUCAUCAUGACUCCCAUCCACCUGCACAACUUCGCCCUCGAUACAUGGGGUGCGGACGUCGACGCAUUCCGUCCUAGCCGGUUCCUGAAAGACAACGGUGACGUUGACGCAGAUCUCGUUAAGCACCUUAAUGUUUUCGGUUUUCCAGGUAUGCACCAGUGUCCUGGUCGGUAUCUCGGUCUGAACAUCACGCUUUCGCUGGUGGUAAAGGCUCUGCUGAGUUUCGAGAUGGUGCCUGGGGAUGGAGAUGCGCUUGGAAAGGGGGUUGUGCCGAAGCGGAAGGAGACUAUGUUGGGACUCCCUGCGAUGCGACGUGAUCCUGAGGUUAUUGUGAGGCGUCGCGAUGGCAUUAAGUCGGUGCGUGUGGGUUUGAAAAUGUGAGGCCUGGAUGGUAGAACUGUAGUUAGAAUAUGCAAGAAGAGCUUCUAGCCACUCGGCGCUCAACGAGAAGUGUUACGAGGUUUCUAGAUCUGGCUUUCAUUAAUCUUUAGUUACUGUAGAACUAUGUGGUGGCAGUGCAGGGCUAAGCCGACGUCUCAAGACAAGAUUCUUAAAGCUUCAUUCAAC